AUGUCAGUUCCGUGUCAAGAUAUCAUUGAAGACAUAGAAGAUUUAAUAUCAUCACAAGAUAUUACACCCAAAGAACGAUACAGUACAAGAAAAAAUAUUACUAUUCGUUCUAAACGUAAACAAAUAAUUGAAGAAGUUCCACAACCUCCGAUUCUUAAUAGUAUCGUACCAGGAACACAAACAAUUUAUGUAAAAACUUGGGGAUGUACACAUAAUAACUCUGAUAGUGAAUAUAUGGCAGGUCAACUUGCUACCUAUGGUUAUAAAUUAACAGAAAAUAAAUAUGAAGCUGACUUAUGGCUUUUAAAUUCUUGUACAGUAAAAAAUCCAGCAGAAGAUCAUUUCAGAAAUGAAAUCGAAGCUGGAAAGAAAAUAGGAAAACAUGUUGUAGUUGCUGGAUGUGUACCACAAGGCGCUCCGAAAUCAUCUUUCCUGCAAGGAUUAAGCAUGAUCGGGGUACAGCAGAUCGACCGUGUGGUUGAGGUAGUCGAAGAGACUCUAAAAGGAAACUCUGUUCGGUUUCUGCAGCAGAAAAAGGAAGCUGGUAAAAAAAUCGGAGGUGCUUCUUUAAGUUUACCCAAGGUUCGAAGGAAUCCGCUAAUCGAGAUCAUAGCUAUAAACACAGGAUGCUUGAAUCAAUGUACUUACUGCAAGACAAAGCAUGCAAGAGGCGAACUAGGAAGUUAUCCCCCCGAGGAAAUUGUCGAACGUGCGAUACAGGCGUUCGACGAAGGCGUUUGUGAGUUAUGGUUGACAUCCGAAGAUACAGGAACUUAUGGCAGAGAUAUUGGCUCGAGUUUACCAGAAUUACUGUGGAAACUUAUCAAAGUGGUGCCUGAUGGUUGCAGGAUUCGUGUUGGAAUGACUAACCCACCGUAUAUUCUGGAACACCUGGAGGAAAUGAGCAAAAUUUUGAGGCACCCGAAAGUCUAUAGCUUCCUUCAUGUUCCGGUACAAUCUGGAAGUGAUCAGGUGUUAGCCGACAUGAAGCGAGAGUACACUCGAGCUGACUUCGAGCAAGUCGUCAAUUUCCUACGAGAACGUGUUUCUGGAUUAACUAUAGCAACAGAUAUUAUUUGCGGUUUCCCAACGGAAACAGAACAAGACUUUGAAGAGACGAUGAAACUUUGUGAAAAGCAUAAAUUCCCGAGUUUAUUUAUCAAUCAGUUCUUCCCUAGACCAGGUACACCGGCUGCUCGAAUGCCAAAAGUACCCACGCAAGAUGUAAAAAAAAGGACAAAGAGGUUAUCCGAAUUCUUUCAGUCUUAUUCUCCGUAUGACAAUAGAAUAGGAUUAAUUCAAGAUGUACUAGUCACAGAAGUAUCUCAUGAUAAAAAGCAUUAUGUUGGACACAAUAAAUCUUACGAGCAGGUUUUAGUACCAUUGAAAGAAGAAUAUUUAGGGAAGAUGAUUAGAGUAAAGAUCAUAGAAACGACGAAAUAUUCUAUGAAGGGAGAACCAAUAGCAGAAGGUACAUCUCCGGCAUUAAAAGCGUCUUUACCAAAGGGAACUAUAUCCGGAUUACCAAUGGAAAUGAAACCAUCGAAAUACAGGAUAGCAGCAAUCUUAACGGUCUUCCUCGCAGUUAUGCUUAGGCUAUUAUGGAAAUUUUUAAUGGUUUAG